CACUACAAGCCAUCGAUGGAUACAGACGACUGCCAGAUGAUGUUUAUUGUCAUUUUGUUGUACCAUUAGGCUAUAUUAUCCCAAUGUAGGCUAAUGGGGUGAGAUAUUUUGAUAUUGUUUUUCAAUGUUGACAAUUUCUAUAGAAAAGUUAACGGAAAGUUAUAAUGGGUUUUAUUUGCCAUGAUAAUCUGUCAAGUGCUGUGAUAUGCUUGUCUUCAACUGAAAAGCGUAUUCACGGUGUCACCAUUUCGAUUGAGAAACAGUCAAUUUGGACAACAAAGGAGUUUUAUCGCAUGAUCACUCACCAUGCAUGGAGCCUUAUUCCAACGAUAACAUUGCAUGGGUUAGGAUAAUGCUAUCCUGAUAAGGACCAAAACUAUUAUUCGGUUAGUAAUGCAAGGGAGCAUGGUCUCAAUUACUAUGCAAGGUAGGUGUGUAAAUUGGUGUGCAGGAUAAACGUGGUCUUUAGGGGGACUGACGGCGACUCGCUUUAACGCAAAGGUCUAGCUGUGAUUUAGGAGGCUUUGUAACCUGAAUUAGUUGAUGAAUUUUCUAUCGAUCCUAAACAAGCCUAGAUUCAUCUCUGACAGGCUUCUGCUGCACGCCAGGGCAUUCUCUCACCAUUAUUAGCGAGUGCAUUUAAAAGCCUGGCAAGAACGAGCACACGGCAUCACUUUCCCAGCCCUUGUUUUGAAAAGCUCCAGUAUAAAGAAGAAAAAAAUCGUUCAAAGGAAUCUAGCUUGACUAUCAAGUUUGGGACGCAACACUUUUCUUGUUUAUGUACUGUAUGGGGAAUUGGGCAGGUGAGGGGGUUGGCUAGUUGAUCUGCUCUAUAGACCGUGUGUAAACUCCGGUGUUAUGUAUUUCUGGCGUGUCUGCUUCGGGUUGUUAUUGUUUUGAUUCGUGCUUUUCGUAGAGCGUGCCAGUGUGUAAAAAAGUAUGCAACAUUCGAAUGCCACAUACUAUGCCAGGAUGAUGUGCGGGUUCUGCUAUGCCUAAUCCUAUUUCCUUAUCCGGGAAUCGUCAGGAUCCACGCCAUUGGCUCUCGCUGUCACAUGGAUUCUUAACUUUGUUCACUUGACAGAAAGUAGGAGGGUUCUACGAAACAGGAAAACGAGUAAAGCGAUAGAUAUACAUUUUAGUAUAUUUUGUGUGCAAUUCAAAGAAAUUAAUGGCCAUGAGUUCCUAUUUGAUCAACUCCAACUAUGUGGACCCCAAGUUUCCACCCUGCGAGGAAUAUUCACAGAAUGACUACCUCCCCAGUCACUCUCCGGACUACUACAGCGCCCAGAGGCGAGAGCCUGCGUUUCAGAAUGAGUCGAUCUACCACCAGCGGUCGGGCUGCGCCGACCCGCCUUACACAACGUGCCAGGGUCCGGGGCAGCCCGCGUUGGUGAUGUCUCCACGGGGUCACGUCCUCCCCCCAGCUGGACUCUCAACCCCUCUCCCGGAGCCUAGCCACCAUUGCGACUCCCUAACUCCAAGCCCUCCACCCGCGUGUGGCCAGAAUCCCCUCAACCAUAGCCCUUCCACCGCCAGCUCUCGCAAGGAUCCGGUGGUUUACCCCUGGAUGAAAAAAGUCCACGUAAACAUCGUGAAUCCAAAUUACACAGGGGUGGGUGAGCCCAAACGCUCGCGGACAGCCUACACGCGACAGCAAGUCUUGGAGCUGGAGAAGGAGUUCCACUACAACCGCUAUCUGACCCGGAGACGCAGAGUGGAGAUCGCCCACACCUUGGUUCUGUCCGAACGCCAGAUCAAAAUCUGGUUCCAGAACCGGCGGAUGAAAUGGAAGAAGGACCACAAGCUGCCCAACACCAAGAUUCGCUCCAACAGUAACUCCAACAACACAAACUCGCAAAGCAGCGGGCUCGCGCUGGGGAGCUCUCAGAACCGAACCAGCGGGCCUCCACCGAGCCUAUAGCCUCCCUCCUUUUCCUACCCAUCCACCACCCACCCAACAUGCACUUUGAAACCUCCGUUUCUGGAGUUAGAUACAUGGAUUCCACCAUGUUUUUACCUCUCCCAUCAAUUCAAUUACAGGGUUAUAACACGUGGGGGGAGUAAAAACGAAGAGAAAAUGUGUCUCUUAAAAAAUGUAAAAGGGGAGAAGAUUCAAACACAAACACUUCCAAUGAUGUGUUCACAACCUGAUCCAUUUCCUUUUUUUAUCCCGUGCCCCUCUCAUUCUCUCUCUCCUUCUCUCUCGCCCCCCCCCGCUCCAUUAGGACAGAAGGCGGCAGAUACUUUUCAGAUUUGGUGAAGAUGGAUCCGUGUUUCAUCUUUAAUCAUGCCAAACUCGGCCCCAUUUGUCAUGUUUACUCUGCAGUACAAAGGGUGAACGGUGGGGCCUGCACAUUACCUCAACGUCCAAAGUU